AUGGCCUAUCGGGAGGGCCAGGGGCUGGAGCAGGAGCGCAGCCCCAUUCGUCCUGAGAGAGAUCUAAGUGGUGCUUUAAGUUUAUCCGCCGAAGCCUUGACGCUGCUCGGUAAUAUACUGCCAGUGAUAGUGGUGUUCAGGUUCAAGACCCGAGCCGAGAGGACGGUCACAGACAUCCUGAUUGGAACUCUUGCGAUCAAUGAUAUCUUUUCGGUGCUAUUGCCUCUACCGGUUUCUCUACCCAGUUUCAUUGCUCCUGGUUCCGAAUCCGCAUGGCACGGGGGCAAGGCAGCGUGUAUUUUCUACCAAUUCUCUGUCUACUGGCUACAAAAUUCAGCCAUGCUUCUCGUCACUGCCAUGGCCUUAGAACGAUGGCUAGCCGUCACGUUCCCGCUGCGAUACAAAAGCUGGACCACGCGCGGACGAGCUCGAACCAUGAUCGUCGUCAUCUUCGGAUCGACGUUCGUUGUCGCGUGUCUGCCCGUCAUGGGCCUGGCUCCACCGGCUGUGUCGAAACACGGCAGCAGGUUCUGCCGUUCCUGGAUCGCUACGCAACCGGAGGUCUGGUACCACACCAUCUUCCCCAUAGUUCUUAUAUCACAGGGCUGGGUCUCCAUGGUACUGGUCCUGGUCCUGAAUGUGUGCUUGAUGGUUAGACUAACAAGGUUUAGGAGGAGACUCAAAACGGACCGAGGUGAAAUGACCACGGAGAGAAAAUCAAUACGUGAAUUUACAAAACUUGUUCUUGUCGUCGCUGUGCUUUUUUACUGUACCUGGUUACCUGUACUCGUGAGUAUAAUCAUAAUUUUAUUUCUAAUUUGA